UCAUUGAAGUUCGCUCUUGUAUUAAUAAUGUGAAAAUUCUAAAGAUAUCUUUAUUUAUUUUCCAAAAGCGUCGUCAAUGGGCUUCGGUAGCCAGUCGGUAAAUGGUGCGUGUUUUUUUACAGAUAACACAACGGUGCAUAAUACGUGUAGAGUGAAGGGAUAAAGCGUACAGUGGCAUAUCCUGAAUAGUUCUCGGUGCUUUAAAAAAUAAUUCGCGGUAGAUGAUUUCUUGCAUCCGUUACUGAUAAUUUAAUCCGAUUUCGAAAGAAUGAAACCCAAAUUGCGCUACACCUACUGCACUUUGCUUCUGGUUUCGUUAGUGUCGAGUGGUUUAUUGUUUAUCAUGGUGGCAUCGGAAGCAUCGAAACCAGUUCGCCAGCAUCGAAUCGCGCAGGAAGAAAAUUUGUCCAAUGUCGAUAGUCAGAAUCGCCGCGAAGCGGUGACAAGGCAUGGUCCCGAUGCUCCACCCCAUCAUCGAUUGGAAGAUAUGGUUAAUAAUGCGCACGAACAAAGUGCUAAAAUUGUCAGUGAAUUUCAAGAGAUAGUGAACGGUGAACGUGAUUCGCCACACGGCGACAACGGUACAGCAAGCGAAAGUGAUGCGAUCGUAAAACGAGUAAGAAAGAAAAGGUCCGCUUCAUCGGACCGGACUGCACGUAGAAUGAGUUCGCGAAAAAAAGAUAUCCUAGUGGAGAGGCCAGCCGCCGCCGAAGCAGCUCCGGAUCUGAAGGAGGUCAUAUUUUUGGAAACGGUUUCCAAAAAUGCCGGCAUCACCACUGAAGGGUUACAGGACCUUCCGGGUCCACCAUCGGUUGUUACUCUGGUAGAGCAUCAAAACAACGAAAUGCAGAUAGAAUCUAAACUGGAAGAAAACAUCGAAGCAACGCUGAAGAACAUCAGCCAUCAUGUGAUUGAGGAAGCUGCGGAAGACCAUGCACAGGCAUUGUUCGAUGAAGUCCCAUCGAGGCAAGAUUCUACCACCGACAGCAUCCCAGUGAAGAUUGCACUGGAGCAGGCGGAACGCCUGGAAGAAAAAAUCGAUGAUUCCGGAGGAACGGACGACCCGCCGAAAAUCCACCCGGAAGAAUCGAUCGGCGACGUUCGCAAUCUAACCACAGAAUCUCAACAGCAACAGGGUUUGGAAGUGAACCUAACCGAGGAGAACCCGAUGCCGGUGUUCUCCGAGUGGGCCCAGAAACAGAUGGCCGAGGCGGAGAAAAAGCUCGGCGAAAACGUGAACGCUUCGGCAAUGAAGCGUAACUCAAAACCGGCGGGAGGCAAAAUGCCUCCGCUGCAGUUGCGGGCGAAGAAUUACGCCGCUCCGGAUUGUGGAGCAAAAAUCAUCGCUUCCAAUGCGGAAGCUCAGAGUACCGGAUCGGUGCUAACAUCCCACAAAGACGAAUACCUACUGAAUCCAUGCACCAGCAAAAUUUGGUUCGUCGUUGAGCUGUGCGAACCGAUUCAAGCGGAGCGCGUAGAGAUGGCAAAUUUUGAACUGUUUUCUUCGUCACCACGGGAUUUUUCCGUAUCGGUCAGUAAUCGGUUUCCCACGCGGGAUUGGGCCAACGUCGGACAAUUCACGGCGAAGGACGAACGAGACGUGCAAAGUUUCAAUCUCCAUCCGCAUUUGUUCGGAAAAUUUGUUCGAGUGGAAAUCCACUCGCACUACAACUCGGAACAUUACUGUCCGGUGUCGCUGUUCCGAGUUUAUGGAACGUCAGAGUUUGAAGCGUUCGAAACGGAUAAUGCCCCUUCGAUAAGCGAUGAAGAGGAUGAUGACGAUGUAGAGUUAGUGAUUUCCGACGGAAUGCAUUUAGGUGGCGGAGAAACCACGUCAGAUUCGGAAAAUUCGGAACCGGAAGAAAUCAAACCGAAAAAGACAGAAAACAUUCUUAAAUCCGCCGGGGAAGCGGUUAUGAAUAUAGUUAAAAAAGCUGCCGAAGCACUCGGGAAAACCAACGAAAACAGUGCGGCGAAUGAAACCCAUGUCGAAAAUAGUCAAUCUAGUAAUACCGGACUGAGCAACAGCAUGCAACAGUCUCGAAGUAGCACCUAUUGCUUUUCACUAGCUUACCAGCCUCAGUGUGUUAGUUGUUCGGACGAGCUUCGGAGGCAACUGGAGCGGACGUUAACCUGCAACUAUUACCUACUAACUAGUCUAUUGAAUGUCGAACAAAUCAGUGUGUCGUUCGACGAAUCUCAGCAUUUGCUAUGUGCCAAUAUUUUAGGACACCCUUUGGGUGACGAAUACGAUUCACAAAGUUUGAAUUUCAACAGAAGUUUUCUAAGUUGGUUCCCACCAGUGUAUUCGGUAGGAAUUUGCAAUAUCAGAGCUUUUGACCGAGGCUUGAUUGAGCCAAUUAAAACCGUUGGAGAUAAAUCACAUUCAAACAAGAAUUUUGAUGAUCUUAAAGUCGAACAGCCUAGCUUUCAAGGAGAAACUAUCGAACAACCACCGCUAGAACAGGUCGCUUCGGGCAACGAAGACUCCCGCGUUGCUAGUUCUGCAGACGAGGAAGAAGUUACGGCUAAACCGUCACCUCAGGAAGAUGUCAAUAUUUUCACACUUCAAGAAGAGGCGGUCACGGCGGAGGUUCCACUUGUUGAGGAUCAACAAAUUGUACCGGAGCUCCUGCCAGAAUCGCCAACAUUAGCCACCACCAACCCCAGUGCACAGACGGAAAAGGAUGCCGAUGAUACGGUUAGUGGUUCCAAUGGUACUCAACUGGACGAUAUUGAGGGAUUGCUUUUGGACGAACAUCCGCUGGAUGGCAGUGGAAUUCCGACCAUAACUAGUACAACGUCUACGACCCCGUCACCGGAAUUGACGUCCAGUGUACCGGCCGCUUCGCAGAAGGGUCAACCGGAGAGUGUCUUUCUGCGGUUGUCGAACCGGAUUAAGGCCCUGGAGCGCAACAUGAGCCUAUCGGGUCAGUACCUGGAGGAGCUGAGCCGACGCUAUCGCAAGCAGGUGGAAGAGCUGCAGAAUUCCUACGCUAAAACGUUGUUCGAAAUCGAAGAACAGAACCAUCGAAUUCGCGAUAGCGAAGAAGCUCUCCGACAGGAAAACAGUCGUUUGCGGGAAGAAUUCACCAGCUUUCGCGAUAGUUUACUGAACUGGAAAACGCUGGCCAUUGCUGUGGGCAGUAUUGUCCUCACGCAGCUUCUUGUUUGCUGGGUUGUGCUGCGUGGUUGUCGCAGACAAAAUGUGACCCAUCCGGAUCGCGAAACGAUCGACAGAGAACUGGCGCAGAUAUCAACCAGUGGCAAGCCUAUCAGGGGAAAGCUGUUGCGAAGAAAAUCGAUCGAUACUGUAAUGGGUGGAACACAGCUGGGAGCCGUAGGAUCGCUAAAGAGAAAGCGGCCCAGUGAAGAAGCGCUCAAUAUCACUGGAACGUACGAAAAUUUGCUCAUUGAAGACAACGCUAAAGGAGAUGGUCUCAAAUCGGAGCGAAAAAGAAGUAGACACAAAAAUAGGAAAACUUCAGCUCCUCCCGGUUGUGUUCCGCCGGCGGGCAAUCUCAAAACAAAACGGGCCACAUCGGCUGAGCCUCCUGAAGCUAGAUUGCCCGGCAAACCGGAUCUGGUACGGACCGAGUCCGCCCCAGAACCGAGACGACCAACACCAGAUAUGAACAAAUCGGAAGAACACAACCGUAUAGAUGAGCUGCCGUUGUUAGAGGAUAACGACGAGUUUAUUAUUCCAAACUCGGACCUGUCCUACAAUGAAUUUGUUCCGGAUUCCACGUCCGAGCAGAUUAAUAAGACCAAUGGAAUGGGUUCUUCGACGUCAUCGAUUGACUCGAAGCCAACCAGCAAACCCGCCAAAGGGCGGCGCCUUUCGUCGCCGGCUUUCUUCAAGUCCUCAUUCCUCCGGGCGAGCCGAAAGUCGUCAGGUAAAAAAAUCACACCCAGCCAAAAUCUAAGCAGUGCCAGUAGUAAUACAAGCAGUAGUGGAAGUAGUAACGUUAGAAUCAACAUGACUAAUAUUAAUCAUUAUUCAGACAGUCCGUUCGAGGAACACCGAUCGUUGGCGGAUGCCAACAACCUAGAAACCAGCGUGACCAACUCUAAAACUAGCAUCAACAAAAGCAACAGCAGUGGCACCGAGUGGUACAAGCUGAAAAAGUCCUCUAGUCAAGACAGCAAACUCAUCAAACGUAAAGCGAAAUCGGAGAGCCCAGAGGUGGUCGUCGAAACGGUCGGAAAUGGAUCCAUCAACGGAGAAGCCGCUGCUGACUCGGAGCGAAAGCUAAAGAUGUCAACAUCGUUGAACGGUUCGAGUGAAAAAAAGCUAUCCGAAAGCAGGCGCAGCUUUCGGCGGCUGUUCCGUAAGGUGUUCUAGUGGGCAGGCGCCCAUGCAUGGAUGAUGACGAUGGUAAGACCGUGGUUCCUUAAAACUCUGAUAGACUGACUGGUAACAGUAAAUAUGUGUAACGAGUAACUAGCUUUUUAAAAGCGAAGCAUGAACGUGGGUCGAAUGGGUGGGUGCGUUUGUUGUUAUAGUAAGAACGAGUGAAAAGUGGCUAGAUGAGAUGAUCGUGAGCUGCUGAGCGAUGGUUACACUGCUGCGCUGGGCUAUACAUGAAAAAUUGUUCAUUUUAUUCGUAAAAGUAGCUUUGUAGGAAAGUACGUACGUAUAUCUAUAUUGGAAUAUAUUUCAAUUGUAUAAUCUACCCUGUGACUGUUUCUAUUGGAAGUUAGCUGCGUGCUGGCCGCAGGCAGGUUCUAAAUCAAGGAUGCUUUCAGCAGUACCGGUAUGCGGUGUAAUAUACUCGAUCUUAUUUCGCAUAAAUUGAAGCUAUUAUAUGAAUUUUUCUGGCAAUAUUAUCAAUAUUGUUUAAUGAUCUUUAGGUACAUAGUACUUUGUUGUCGUUGUAAAUAUUGGGUGUAAGACUUAUUUAUUGUAAAAUUAUUGCAUUUGUUUGUUAUAAAUUAAAAAAAAUCUCCAUGUCAAUUUAAUUAGGCUUUUUUGAUGGUAGAUAUUAGAUAAUAGAAAAUAACAGGACGGUUGGAUUACUGAAGUAUUUUGUCUGCAACGAUUUCUAAAAAUAUUGUAGGAAAAAUAUUUGUAUCAAUUUUUACUUGAAACAUACUGCGUCCCGCAUCUUGCUCGGUAUUAUCUCAUGUUGACCUUCGGCUUAUCUCGAUACGAUUUUCAUUCAUGUUGGCUUAGAAGUUUUCUCAAUUCAGUUUUUUUCAAACGCCGGCAAUAGGAUGUUCCCGCUGUAACCUUUUCAAUGCUUUGCUUUGGUCUUCUACUAGCUUAGCUCUCUUUUCUCUUACCAUUCUGGUACUAAAGACCUUUGAGAACUCAGUAACGCACAAUAACCCCGACAGCACGAACGCAAAACAUGAGUGCACCUCCUCUCCUCGUCCGCCAUAGGUGGUCUCGAUCAACUGUAUCGUAUACUGCUUUGAAGUUAAUAAAGAUGUAAUGCGUGGGCACGAUCCGCCCGCUGUCGAUAAUUAUCUAUCAUCUACCGGUAACAGCUGGUUCAAAAGGAUAUGAGAGAGUCCUUUGUAUACGGCAUUUGUCAGUAUUGUCCCGCGAUAGUUGCAGCUGUCGAGCCGAUUACCCUUUUUGUAGAUGGGACAAACAACUUCCAGUAGCCUCCGGUAGCUUGUCAUCUUAAUCCUGUGUAGAGGAUUUCUCGUUUGACCUCUUGUGGAUCAGGUAUUGGAAUGUGCUACUGUAUUCCGUGAGCAUUCCUAGGUUAACCACCGUUAUACCUCCUUCUGCAACUUCGGAAUUCGUAAAACUUGCGCGUGUCUGGCUGUUUUUACACCUCAGGAUCUCGGUCAACUGGUUGCUUGGUCAUCGGUAUACUUAGAGGCUUUUCAGCUAGUACCGCGGUAACUAUUUUCGAGGGUUGUAGCACCUAACUCUCCAGCAGAUGGCAGUGCCUCAUCCAGUAUUAGCGCGUAGUGAUCGGCAAAUUGCGGGUUGUUUAGCUGCCUUAUGUUCAACCAAGGAGGACUGCUUUGACGUGUUUAGUAUAGCAAUUUUCAAACAUCUUUAUUUGAGCUAUGGCAGGCCAUCACCGUUCUAUACAUUUCCUGCCUACGGAUCUAGACUUUUACAUCCUCGAUAACGAUCUUAACGUCACGUGGUGAACAGUUAUCGUACGUUUCCUCCAGCUGCGCGUAGAAUGCUCCCUUCUCAUCAACGGAUGUACCUUCUCCAGCGGCCCCCUUUGGCACUUUUAGUUGAAGAAACUUACUUACGACUGAAAUUGGAUCUAAAUCAGUUGCCACAACUGCUUUAUAACAAUUGUGCUAGUAGGGGUUUUCCGGGUAGGGCGUUGAUGCUGCAAUGGAAGAAACGGCCCUUUUUCUCAACAGACACAUCCUCGCGUUGAUCGCCUUCCAAUCAAUCACGUGGUCUUGUAUACUGUUCAACACGACAAGCGUUUCUGAUAAACUUUCUCUCUAUUGCGACAGAUCUUCUGUAGAGCUACAAUGCUGAAUUUGCAGGUUGCAAGUUGUUUGAAUGCCAAAUAACGCGUUUCCGUUCAUCGUCCUUGCAUUGCGAGCAUUGAUCGAUGCCAAAUAUUCCACUCCGGAAUAGACGCUGUCUUGAGCCGCUCCUAACCCGGAAUGCGGGCGCUCGCUAUCCGCAUCCGCAUGAGUGCCACCUUCCCUGUCCGUUUACAACCUUAGUUUUCACCGGGGUUAGUUACCCGAUCUCCACUAAGAUUGUUCAUAUUCUGAUACUACGGGGAGGUAGGGAUAGGAGUUGCUGGAUGUAACAGUACUUGUGCUAUCUAUGGCCUGUGUCUAGUAGCUCUUUCAUUGGAAGUGCUACCUUCAGAUACCUGUGAGUAUUUCAUGGCAACGGCGAUGUUCCGUACAGCGUGUCUACCCAGUUUCGGAAAAAUACUUCUCUGAGACUCCAGCUGGCUACGUAAUCCGUAGAUAGCCCCAUUUGCGGCUGCAAUUUGUCGUUUUACUUCGCGACUUACGUCGUUGUCACAUGUCACGAGCGUACCAAGGUAUAUGAAUUCCUCCAACUGCUUCAUAUCGUUUCUCAUCCAGCUCCACCUCGACACCAACACCAUUUGGAUUACCACGUUCUUUGCCAGCAAUCAUGUACUUUUUGGCGGUGUUAAUGAUAAGUCCUAAUUUCGCUGCUUCCCAUUUAAAAUGCCCAAAAGGCCUCUUCAACUACUCAAGCGAAAAAGUAUGUGAGAUUUCGUGAUGAAAGUCCCGUUCUUUUCCACGUUUGCUCUUCGUUUUGCACCUUGCAAGGCAAUGUUGAAUGGCAGGAUAGAGAGCGCAUCCCCUUCCGCAAUUAGUUUCGUCGGAAAAUUAUGUUCUAACAUUAUCUGCCACAGUUCAAUUUGUUUGACUGAAUCGUACGCUGCCUUGAAGUCUACAAACAGACGAUGAAUCUGCAAGUUCUGCUCCCGGUACUUCCGGUCUAGUAACUGACGGUUAACAUCUGAUCCGCCGUGGAGCGACCUUCACGAAAACCAAUUUGGUACUCGCCGACGAAGGACUUCGCUAGCGGUCUCGGUCUACCGAACAAAAUGCGGGAGAGCACCUUAUAUAUGAAUAUAUGGUACUACCACUUAGCAGAAAAUCCGUUCAUGGCAAUGAGCCUAUCAUGGCAAAAAGAGUUGUACAUAUCCAACGAUUGGUCAUGCUUCCUAACUCUUGUAUGAAGGGCCAAAAGGGAAUUGGUCGAUAAGUAACAUCAUAAUAGCAAACAUCACUUACACGUACCAGGGAUUUAGAGAAUCUCCUUCCAAGGGCUAGGUCGCCUGAGUCAAACUUUGAAUAAAACGUCUUAAUGCAGAAUGACUCCAGCAGGUGGGGAGAAGAGCCCGCUUAAUCGGAGCAAGAUUAACCAUAGAAAGUUGACUGUUUCACUCUCCCUAGGCCCACCGUUUCUUUCUCCCUCUUCCCCAUUCUAGUUUAUUGAUGAAAUGUGGUAUAUAUGGGUAGAAAUAGAACAAUCUCACCAGCAGUCCUUCGAAUGGAAUAGAGUUGCGUCCUUUGAGUUUCCAAAGGUGCUUCUAAUAAUUAAUUUAAUUUUUUCUUCUGGUAUCCAUGUGCAGUAUUAGCACUCGUAUUGGCCAAAGUUUUCACCAUAUAGCAGGAGGUGCUUCAUAAGCUAGAACGAAAAAAAGAAUUAAAAUAACUUAUAUUAUGCUUACCUAUUAGCAAGGUCGUGUAGCUCCGCCGCCUGCCCAAAACCGCGGUUUUGAAAUCAAACAGCCGGGAACCACCCAGUAUCGCACCCCCUAGCUUGGCUACUCAAUAGAGCAUUACCGGGUAUGGCCACGUGGAUGCGCUAGGUAGGGGCUUGGGAUAGCAAGAGCUAUAUUGGACGUUCCUCAUUUGCCUUCCCCAUUUCAUACCCGGAUACGGGAGAGCACCUUAUAGGCAAAAUUUUCAAUUUAAAUAAGAUUUUAAUACUAAAGACUUCUCAAAGGCACUUAUACAAUUUUCUACAAUCCAGGCCCUGGGGGUUAUGGUGUGCCAAUUCAUCAGGAUCUGUUCUGCUACUUACAGGUACAGCUGUUGAGAAAAGCUCCCGCUACGGUCUAUGCUUCACUCUGAUGUUUUUUUUUGAAAAUUUUAGGGUUCAUUGCAUUUUUUGCGUGCCUUGUCUGUGAUUGUGUGCCGUUGGUACAUGCAACUUGGCUGCUUUUAGUUUCCAUAAAAUAUCGAAGCUGCUGUAAAAAUACAAACUGAUUUACUUGCGAAUCGAUAUCGUGAUAAGCUGAGAGUGAAAAGUAGUGCAUUUGCAUGUGAUAUUCAGAAAUCUCUUGUUUUUCUUCUUCAAUACUGGGAAAGGUAAGUCUAAAUAUCCUUUUCUCGUCCGGACAGUGGCUUUUCGUUUCUCGUUGAUUUUCAAUAGACACACCACUUCUGUCGGAUGUGAACUUUGCAGCUAGUGUUAAUAGGUGUUUAACAAUACCUCAUUUCUUGCUGUUGCAAGGUUUCUUUCUCGCUUUUUUAAAUAAAAGUUUUGAUCAAUAACCUACCUAGACUUUGGUGUAAUAUCUCAUUACGAGCACCAUUUUUUUAUCGGCACAGCAAAAUCGUAUUUCAGAAAAUUAAACGUUAAUAUCCUAGUUAUCAAAACAAAUUCUUGGUUGUUACGUUAGUCUCAGGCUAUUUGAUUGCUCACAAUAUUCAGCAUCCCGAAAUCUCACUGUAUCCAGGGUUGUCCUGCUCUUUGAGGUUCCGAUUUAACUUAUUUGACUGUAUCAAACCUUUUGUUAAAAGCAGUCCAACCUGUUUUAUUCAUACUGUCCUAUUGCUUUACAUUGGAGAAGUAUCGAAAUUGUUGAAACUGAAAUAAAUAUUUGCUCAGAGCAUCCUUGAAAAGAAACCGUUAAAAAGCCACUAAUUGUACUAUUAAAUAUUGGAAAGUUGUCAAAGCUUUGCGUUACAAUAACAGUAAAAGUAUACCCAAAUUAACAUGCUUGACAUGUAAAAAAGUGUAGAUUCAAAAUUGUAGUAAAGUAAGCUGAAAAACUAACCCAUUUGAUGCGGACUCGUUGAACAACAUAACAAAAAUGUAGAAAAACCAAUGUAAACGCCUAAACGUAGCAAAGCAUAGCAUAGUUGUUAUCACUUUUUAAAUUAAUGUGAGAAAUUCGCGUACGUGUUAAGACAUAAGCUGCAUUGAAGUGAGUAACGUAUGAGAAUAAAAAUAAGCAAAGCCCAUUUUUAUAUAAACGCAAGCAAGCAGUCGAUAUUAUUGAUAAUAAGCAAAACCUACAUUAAACAUAGCUAAUA